ACCGAACCGAACCAAGGCUAGGGGGUGGGGGGUGGCGCACCAUGUCCUUCAGCCCAAAGUCCACACCGUUCUCAGUCACAGAUAUCCUGAGCCCAAUAGAGGACAGUUAUCGCAGGUUCGGAGGGAUGGAGCCCGGUUCCGGCAGCCUCGGGUCCCCGAUGUGCGCCUACCGGACACAACAGGUCUCUCAGUGCGGGAUGCACCACCACCACCACCUGUCCUCCUCCUCCGCUGCAGCGCUGGGACCCGGAGGGGCCUGUGCCACCCACCCACCGUUCACCGGGAGCGGUUUCGGGACCGUGGGAGAGCUGCCGCCCUAUGAAACGGCGCGGAGCGGCAGAGCGGCCUGGUACGGGGGACCGGAGAGCAGAUACCCGGCGAAAGUCUCCAGGUUCAUGGGCGGUUCCGGUGGGAUGGACUCCGGUACCAAGUCCAUGGUUCCGCGGAGGAAGCGGCGCGUGCUGUUCUCACAGGCCCAGGUUCUGGAGCUGGAGCGGCGCUUCAAGCAGCAGAAGUACCUGUCUGCCCCGGAGAGGGAGCACCUGGCCGGCCUGAUCCACCUCACCCCGAACCAGGUCAAGAUCUGGUUCCAGAACCACCGCUACAAGCUGAAGCGGCAGGUCAAGGACAAGGCCUCCGGGUCCCCGGUGCUCUCCAAGACAGCCAAAGACUGCAACCGGACCGGGAACCGACAGAGCAGCUUGGCGGAGGCCGUGCCGCAGCAGAACUCGUCGUCCACCGCGGAGGGCAUGGAGGACAUGUCUCCGGGUCCCCCGGUGGGACCGCAGGCUCAGAUCAGCACGACGCAGACAGACGCGGCUCUGAUGGAUUUAACGGGCGGUGCGCUCGGGUCCAGUCUGCUGUUUGGCCGAACCUGGUAGCACCGCGGACGGGUUUAAACACUCAGACCCAAA